AUGCUUCCAACCGCCGCUGACAUCAAACCUCAUUACCAACAGCGGAUCAAGCAUGCACUGUCCAUCCUAGAGCAGAGUCUGCCACGGGACUCCAUCCUCCCGGAGCUCCCAGCAGUGGACACGUUAGACGUAACUGACGUCCCGCGGACAUGUGGCCUCUUGACCGACUGGGAGAUUGAGGUCACGGAGCGCUACGAUGCCACGGCACUUGUUGACCUGCUGGCUACGCGCAAGAUUACGGCCGUGGCACUGCUGCAUGCGUUUCGCAAGCGAGCUUCGAUUGCACAUCAGCUGACAAACUGCCUGACGGAGCUCUUGCCCGAAGCCAUUACUGCUGCCGAAGCAGCAGAUGCGCACAUUGCCGAGACUGGGAAGCCACUGGGGCCACUGCAUGGCCUGCCCGUCUCCCUGAAGGAGCAGAUUGCCGUGUCCGGCCAUGCCACCCACGCGGCGUUUGUUGCCUGGAUUGACAACGAGACGCAGCGCGAUGCCCACCUUACCGCCAGCCUCAAGGCCAUGGGCGCAAUCGUGUUUUCCCGCACUGCCCAGCCGCAGUCGUUUAUGCACCUGGAAACGUCCAACAACAUUUACGGUGCCACCGUUCACGCGCGCGACCGCACACGCACGGCCGGCGGCAGCAGCGGUGGCGAGACGGCGCUGCUGUCCAUGCACGCUACGCCGCUGGGAUUUGGCGGCGACAUUGGCGGCUCGAUCCGGGCACCAUCGUCACUCAACGGCGUAUGGGGCUUUAAGCCGAGCGUCGGGCGUGUCAGCGGGUCUGGUGUUGUGGUGCCAUCGCCCGGCUGCGACUCAAUCCACGGCACCCUGGGUGCGUUCACAAGAUCUCUAAGGGACCUGAAUCUAUUUCACGGCGCGUAUUCCGCAACUAAGCCGUGGAUAGACGAUCCGUCACUCCUGCCCUAUGCUGUCUCCGUAGAGUCAUCUACGCCACUACGACAACCUCUGCGCAUUGGCAUUAUGAACACAGACGACGUCGUUACUCCCUUACCUCCCGUCCAGGUGGUCCUCGAAAAGGUUGUUACUAAGCUACGCACCAGUCCUCUGGUGGAAGUCGUGCCAUUCAAGCCACUGGACCACGACGUUGCGUGGAAGGUCAUUACAGCCAACUAUUGGGAAGACGGCGGCGCCAAGAUUCGUGAGUUGUGUGCCGAAAGCGGUGAAGGGCUUAGACCACUCACCCAGUGGAUGAUGGACGAGUGCCGCGCCAAUGAAGCGGCCUUGGGCUCGACCACGCAAGACCGCAGGGCCGCUCGCGAUGCCUUCCGUGCACGGUACUCUGAGCAUUGGAGCGCUGCCAACGUCGACGUUGUGAUUGCACCCGUGACCACCAGCACAGCACCGCCGCUCGACACGUCGCGCUACUGGGGCUAUACAGCUAUAUGGAACUUAGUAGACUACCCUGCCCUCGCAUUUCCUGCCUCGGACAUGGUGGGGGGCUAUGGUGAAGACUUGUCCGCGCGCGUCUACGAGCCACGGAACGACACAGAAGUAUAUCUUUUCGAGCACUACAACCCACAGGAUUCUCAAAAUAUGCCGGUAGGCUUGCAGAUCGUGACGCGGAAGUGGAUGGACAGUGAGUGCUUGGCUGCAGCCGAGAUUAUUGAGAAGCUUCUAGUAGGGUCGUCAUAG